UAUUGCAUCCCCUGGUUUGUGUUUGCUGUCGACAGGAAGUGACUGCCCGCAGUGUUUGUCCUGCACUGUUCUCCGUACUGUGCAGUGUUUAAUAUUAGGAAAUAGCGGUAUGGCAGAGGAGCAGAGAGUGAGGAGUCGUUCUCGAAAACCAGGGAAGAAAGGUGGAAACGCAAUUAAGCCUCAAAACGCCCAAGAUGUUGCUAAAAGGAGGGAGGCCUUGAAGGAGACUCUGAAGCUGAAGUUGGAGCUGGAGAAGAAAGCGCGUAGUGUUGUAGGGCGCCUCUUGGAGGACGGCGUCACCGGCGACUUCCUCAUCGACUGCGCAAGGUUGAUCACCCCGAGUAACUACAAGGAUGCGGUGGAGGAGCGAUCCAUCGUCAAGAUGUGUGGCUACCCAGUCUGCUCAAACCAACUGUGCAAUGUUCCUAAGCAGCAGUAUAAAAUUUCAACCAAGACCAACAAAGUAUAUGACAUCACAGAGCGGAAGUGUUUCUGCAGUAAUUUCUGCUACAGAGCAUCAAAAUACUUUGAAGUUCAGAUUUCCAAGACGCCACUCUGGUUGAGGGCGGAGGAGAGACCCCCGGAUGUGAAGCUGCUGAAGGAAGGACAGAGCGGCAGCUCUGGAGUUGAGGUGAAAAUCGCUGACCUGCCCAUCAGGGAAGCAGAGAUUGAGAACCCAGCGCCCGAAAAGGCCGCGGACCCCGCGCUCCCGCUGGUCGACUCCCGUGCCCAGCACUCGAUCCAGAAGCGCAUUGUUGUGGAGAAGAUCGACAGAAGCCUUAGAGACAUUGUUGGGCAGCUGAGGUUAACCAUGAGUGAGAUCAGCACUGAUCUUAACAACUUGGUCAGGACUUUCAGGUUUACAAAUACAAACAUCAUCCAUAAAAGCCCUGAAUGGACUCUGAUUGCAGUGGUUCUGUUAUUCGUACUCUCUGAGGUGUCUGUCCUCCUUCGCGAGUCCUUAGCGAGACCUUCGUCAGUCGUGUACAUCUCCACGCUGAUGAAGGAGCUGGGGCUCAAGGACGAGGACCUACAAGACCUGGUGCAGAUCUUCAAAAGCUAGGAGGCGUGUGGUGUCAGCAGGCAUCUGAAUACAAAGAAAAGCAUCUCUUUGCUGCUCUAACAGCUAACAGAAAUUUCCCUCCAAGGUUGGCAGGAACAGCCCCCUCAUCACUCGGUCUCACUCGUGCUCUUGAUCUUUUCGAGGUUUGAGAGG